UCAAAAUUCCAACCACACAUUUUCUGUGUUUUUAAGUUUCUCCCGUUAUUUUCCUGUUUGUUAAUUUUUCGCAAACUGGAAGUAGAUUAUUUCGAACGUAUACAUUAUGGUCAUCGUAAUUUUGUCGUUUUUAUCUGAGUACGAAGCGUUGCAGACCGUUUAUCACGGUUUUUCCUGUGUGUUGUAAUUCGUGUUUGAACGCGUUUUGUCAGCACGUGAAGCUCUGCCUUGAGUCUUCGUUUGCGCUGUUCUUUUGGAUUAACUGGAGGAGUGGUUGAUCGGGAGUGAUUAUGCCGCUCAUCACGGCGGGUGCUGGUGGCAGUCAGAAGCGGGCAGCGGACCAGCGGGACGCGGAGGCGGGCAGUAGUCGCGGGAAGCGUCAGCGGACGUUCAAGGAGAACCACACGCUGGACAGCGACGAGGAGGACGCCGAUAUGGACAACCUGGGGGCGGCCCCCGCCGAGAAGGCUCCCCCGACGGAUUAUGCUGUUCUCCAUGAUGACGAUAUCGAAGGACAGGAAGAAGGCAGCAUGAAGGUGCAGGAAGGCAUCCGCAUCACGCCCUUCAACGUCCAGGAGGAAUUAGAAGAGGGCGAAUUCGACACGGAGGGCAACUUCCACUUCAGCAAAUCGAAAGAGAUCAGCGACGCCUGGCUGGACAACCUGGACGCCUACACCGACGAGGACUACGAGGCGCUGAUGCAGCGCAAACAGGCCGAGCUGGCCGCGCAGGAAGCCGCCGCCGGGCCCGCCCCCUCCGACACCCAACUGUACCAGACCCUCCUGACCCACCUCCGGCCCGGGGAGAGCGUGGCCAAGGCGCUGCGUCGUCUGGGCGACGGGUUGAAGACGACGAAACGCUACGGGAAGGCGGCGCGGAAGGAGGGCAGUGAGGCGCUGCGCGGGGAGCUGGAGGCGCUGACGGCGGCGGCCGAUCAGCUGCUGGGCAAGGGGAAUCUGGAGGUGUACCAGGAUACGUACGAGGCGGUCAAGUUCAAGCUGGAGAAGGCCGAGAAGAAGAUGGCGGGGAUGCGGGUGGACGAGGAGCUGGAUAUGUUCGGGGAGGCGUUCGAUGCCGGGAAGGUGGGCACGGGAGGGACGGGGAGUGCGCCGCUGGCCACGGCGGAAAGCGACGAGGAAGAGGACAACGGGACGCUAUGGGAGUACAAAUGGGAGAACAGCGACGCGGCGCCGACGCACGGGCCGUACUCCAGCGAGCAGAUGCAGGCCUGGCAGCAGCAGGGCUUCUUCAAGGACGCCGUCUUCGUCCGCAAGGCCGGCGCCGUGGACGCGCCCUUCUACUCCUCCAAGCGCGUCGACUUCGAGCUGUACAUGUGAUCGGCUCUGGUUUCUUGCGCUUCCUCGGUAGCGCUUGCGCUGAUUUGUUCUGCCUGCUGUGUUUUGGCGGGAUUAAUGUCGAAAGGCUUCUGUUUUCUUGGCAAAGUAAGCGCCAGUGUCCGCAGAAUACGCAACGAUGAAGAAGACAGGGAUUUUACGGGGCAGUGCUAGCGUAGCCGUUGUGGGCUGUUUUUGAAGCGAUUAUGAACUGCGAAAUGAAAAAUCAGUUUUCAUAAUUAAUUUUUAUCUUCCGAAUAUUUCUACUGCUGCAGAUUAUAACGCGGGGCCGUAUGGGCGCCACGCGUAUCCUCGACAGCGAACAGCGGUGAACCCGGAUGAGGCUUUAUUGCCGAAUCUAAUGCGCACCGUGGCGCAGCAACACCAGACUAACGAGGAAGGAUCCUGCAGCCAGUGCAACUGUACUGCAGAUCCGUCAAAACAGCGCAGAAAUGUGCGGGGUGGAAAUCCCCAAAAACAGCGAAUAGCUACUCAGGAGGGCGGAGCGUCCCGCCCUUACAAGAUAGAAACCAAGAAAUUUAUUGGGAUAUUCAGUUAUUGAUGCAUCUUUAUUUUCCAUUUAUUGAAUUGGUAUUCUAUAUUUUGAUUUGAUCUGUUUUUCCCGCAAAAAUUAAACAGUAAUUCAAGAAAUGGAUUUAAAUAUUUCGAGCCAUUGCAAAUGC